UGAGACACGAGAGACAUCUCUGACGCACGUUGCGUCCAUAGACAGCAUUAGGUCAUGAAAUCUGGUAGCAUAUUGUAUUUGGUUUGACAUUUGUAAUUAGUGUAAGGUGAAAUGCCUCCGAAGAAGGGAAAAGCAUCCAAGAAGAAUGAUUUUGAUGCUGACUCCGAGGAAAAUGUCAAAGGAAAAAGUGUCAGUGGUGAUUCUAAGCCUGCGGCACAGAACUCUAAGAAGAAACAGAACAGAGCGAAACAGGACGACUGGAGUGAUGAAGAGGAAAAGUCUGACAAGCUGAAGUCUCAGGUAGUGUCUGACGAAGAAAUAAUCCCUACCAAACCACAAAAAUCGACCAAGAAAAAGCAGAAAGGGAAAAGCAAGAAAGAUGAUUGGAGUGACAGUGAAGAUGAGAAGACUGACAAAAUAAAACCAGAUGCAGUGAGUGAUUCUAACACUGUAACCUCAAAGCCAGCGAAGAACCUGAAGAAGAAGGUGAAGAGUAAAAGUAAAAAAGACGAUUGGAGUGAUGACGAUGAUGGUCAGGGAAAUAAAUUUAGCCUCGAAGCGUUAGCAAAUGAAGAUGAAGCCGAACCCAGGCCUGGAAAGAAAGACAAAAAGAAGAAAAGCAAGAAAAGGGAUAGCAGUGAAGAUGAAGCAGAUGGUGAGAACGAAAACGACGGUGAUCUUGAUACAGAGAGGACAUCUAAGCCUGCAAAAGCCACUGCUAAAAAGAAACAGAAAGGAAAAGCGAAGAAAGAUGACUGGAGCGAAGAAGAUGACAAAGUGGAUGUUUUGAACACCGUGUUAAGUGACGAUUCCAGUGAAGAAAGAUUUUUAGCCAAGCCUGUUAAGAAAGAUAAGAAACAGAAAUCCAAAAAAAAGGUUAGUGAAGAAUCUGAAGAGGGGUCUGAUAUUGAGGUAGAAGAGAAGGUUCAGAAACCAGUAAAAGGUGGUGUAGAGCCAGUACUUAAUAGCAAAGGAAGUACUGGACUAAAGAAAGAACUCAAUACUAAGACCUCUAAGAAGAAAAGUAGGGAUAUAAGUGAUGACAGUGAUAGUAGUAUAACUGAGGAAGUGUCAGAAAUGAGUGUAAGCAAAGAGUUGAAAGAGAAAGAGGAACAAAAGACAGAUAGUGUAAAGAAAGAAAUUAAUAUUGAGGAUGCAUGUGAAACUUUGACAGAGGAAGUUGGGAAAAUGACUUUGGGAAAAGCUGGUGAUACAGAUAAAAGUGAAUCCGCAGAAAUUGCUGCAACGAAGGGAAGACAUACAAAAUCAAAAAAGGAUGAACAAGUUGUUAAUAUUGAUGUGGAAGUAGAUGAUGAUAAAAUUGAGGUUGGAGAAAAGUAUAGGAAGAAAACUAGCAAAGAACAAAAAACUGUAGACACAGAAGGUGCAGAUGAUGAUGCGAAGGAAUCAGCAGGCACAACACAAAAGAAAUUGACACACAAGGAAAAGAAGAAACUCAAGAAACAAAUGGAGUAUGAACAACAAAUGGAAACCUUAACAAAGAAAGGUGGGCAAGGUCACAGUGAACUUGGUGAAAACUUCACAAUGUCACAAGUUCAAAAGUCAGCUGGUCAGCUGCAGGCACUGGAAAACGCAGUUGACAUAAAGGUUGAAAACUUCAGUAUAUCUGCCAAAGGAAAGGAUCUCUUUGUAAAUGCCUCACUGUUGAUAGCCAAUGGGAGGAGAUACGGGCUUGUAGGACCUAAUGGGCAUGGUAAAACGACUUUGUUGAGGCAUAUAGCAUCACGGGCCUUUGCAAUUCCACCAGGCAUUGACAUAUUAUGUUGUGAGCAAGAAGUAGUGGCAGAUGACACAAGUGCAGUAGAGACAGUAUUAAAGGCAGAUGUAAAACGCACAGAGUUGCUAGCUGAAUGCAAAGACCUUGAAGCUCGUCAGGAGCAAGGUGAUAUGUCUGUGCAGGACAGACUCAAAGAGGUGUAUGAAGAGCUGAAGGCAAUAGGUGCAGAUUCAGCAGAACCAAGGGCUAGACGUAUUCUGGCUGGUUUGGGUUUCUCAAGAGAAAUGCAGGACCGUGCUACAAAGAAUUUUUCAGGAGGUUGGCGAAUGAGAGUCUCUCUUGCACGUGCUCUCUUUAUUGAGCCUACCCUUCUGUUGUUGGAUGAACCAACGAAUCACCUUGAUUUGAAUGCUGUGAUUUGGCUUGAUAACUAUUUGCAAGGAUGGAAGAAGACCUUGUUGAUAGUGUCCCACGACCAGAGCUUUUUGGACAAUGUCUGUAAUGAGAUAAUCCAUCUAGAUCAGCAGAAGCUGUAUUAUUACAAGGGUAAUUACAGUAUGUUCAAAAAAAUGUAUUCUCAGAAGCUGAAAGAGAGGAUAAAGGAAUAUGAGAAACAAGAAAAGAGAUUGAAGGAGUUGAAAUCUCAUGGUCAGUCCAAGAAGGCUGCUGAAAAGAAGCAGAAGGAAGUACUAACUCGAAAACAAGAGAAAAAUCGUUCAAAGAUUCAGAAGGAGGAUGAACAGGGACCAACAGAACUAUUACAAAGGCCACGUGAUUACAUUGUGAAAUUCUCCUUUCCUGAUCCACCACCUUUGCAACCACCAAUUCUUGGCUUGCACAAUGUCACAUUCGCAUAUCCUGGACAAAAACCAUUAUUUAUCAACUGUGAUUUUGGUAUUGAUUUGACAUCGCGAGUUGCAAUAGUUGGACCAAAUGGUGUUGGAAAGUCAACUUUCUUGAAGCUGUUAACAGGAGAUCUUGAGCCACAGCAGGGAGAAGUCAAGAAAAAUCACCGUCUGCGGAUUGGCCGUUUUGAUCAACAUUCUGGUGAACACCUAACUGCCGAGGAAUCUCCUGCUGAAUAUCUUAUAAGACUUUUUGACUUGCCAUAUGAAAAGGCACGGAAACAGUUAGGAACGUUUGGACUUUCAAGUCAUGCACACACCAUUAAAAUGAAAGACCUGUCUGGUGGACAGAAAGCCCGUGUUGCUCUAGCAGAACUAUGUCUUAAUGCACCUGAUGUUGUUAUAUUGGAUGAACCUACAAACAAUCUUGACAUAGAAUCUAUAGAUGCUCUUGCUGAUGCUAUCAACGAUUAUAAAGGAGGUGUGAUCAUCGUCUCCCACGAUGAACGACUAAUCAGAGAAACAGACUGCACACUCUGGGUUAUUGAAGACCAGACAAUUAAUGAAGUUGAUGGGGACUUUGAUGACUAUCGAAAGGAACUUUUGGACAGUCUGGGCGAAGUCAUUAAUAGUCCUAGCAUUAUUGCAAAUGCUGCUGUGCAGCAAUAGUGAUGUUUUACAUAGCCAUUUCACAGACUCCAAGAUAAUGUGUUUUCAAGACCUGUAACAGUGGCAUUGUUAGCUUCUGUAGAAUCUGGUUCAGAAUGUGUGAAAGGCUUCCAUCCAGUGAAAUUUUUGAAUUGCAAUAUUAAUUUUCUAUUAGUCUUGUACAUAUAUGAUCAGUGUGCGUGUAUUUAAAUUUAAUGCAACCUUUUGUCGAAAUAAAAAUAUUUUUAAUACAAAA